AUGGAGGCCGCUCUGUUGAGUGGAUCCAUAAAAGUUAUGCUGCCAAAGCUCUUCUCGCUAGUUGAGAAGAUUUACAAUCGGGACAAGGACAUCAAGAGGGACAUGGAAUCCCUCAAGAAGGAGCUCCCUAUGAUUAUGUCCACCAUUGAUGAGGAAAUCCCGAAGCAGAAGCAGGGUCACUUGGCUGUACUGCGCUUUUGGAUCGACGAUUUGCGCGAACUGUCUCACGGUAUAGAGGACUGCAUCGACAGCCUCCUGUACUACGCGACCCAGAAGCAGCAGGCAUCCUAUCUCCAAAAAAGUUCUCGUUCCCCCAAGGCGCUGAUGACAAAGUUGCAGUUCGGCCAGAAGCUGCGGCUUCUCGAGCAGCUGGCCGAAGAUGCGGAGGGGCAGCGGAAGCAGCUCAAAGUAAUCUCCAUCGUCGGGUGUUGGGGCUUGGGGAAGACUGCUCUUGCGGCGGAUGUGUACAACGCAGAAACCGGGAGUGAGAGAUUUGAGAAGCACGCAUGGGUUUGUGCUGCGCUCAAGCCCCCGGGGGAGGUGCUCCUAGAUUUGUUCCGGAAACUCAAUUCCGAUGCCUACCAGGGAUGUACUAUACUGGAUACCUCCAAUGUUGGUCAGCUUUGCGCAAAUGUCAGGAAACUGUUGGCAAAGAAGAGAUAUUUCAUUGUAAUUGAUGACAUUCAGACACAAGAUAAGUGGAAAACUAUCAAAUCAGCUUUUCCUGAUGAUAAGGACAUUAGCAGCAGAGUAUUGGUGACGACGACUAUCCAGUCAGUUGCCAUAGACUGCUGCUCCGUUAAAGGAAAUGUGCACAGAAUAAGGAGAUUAAAUGAGAAGUGUUCGGAGCAAUUGUUCUCCAAUAAAUCUUGCCCAGAUACACAUAAAAAUUAUCGGCAGCCUGCUGCAGCAACAGCAAUUCUGAAGAAAUGUGACGGCCAGCCACUUGCUCUUGUUACAAUUGGCGAGUUCUUGAAAUCAAAGGGUUGGCCAUAUGAAUCUGUCUGCGAAGAUGUAUGUAAUGACAUACGUUAUCAUCUGCAGAACGGAGAGACCUUCGAAGAUAUGCGGCAGGCACUGAUGCGUAACUACGCCAGUCUAAAAGGCCAUGACCUCAGAGCCUGCUUGCUAUAUUUUGUCAUGUUCCCGAGUGACUAUCCCAUCAAAAAGAAAAUCUUUUUGAGGCGAUGGUCAGCUGAAGGUAUUGUAGAAACCGAAGCUUCAUGUAAUGCCUUGAAACAAGCUGCUAGAAAUUUCGACGAGCUCAUGGACCGGAACCUCAUUGAACCUAUUCAUGUAAGCAGCAAUGAUAACGUGAAGACUUGCCAAACUUAUGGCAUGAUGCGUGAGUUCAUUUUGCAGUUGUCCAUCUCCCAGAACUUUGUGACUUUGUUUAAUGAUGAUAACAAGAAAGAUGGUGAAUACUUCCGCCGGCUUUCUCUCCAUCAUAAUACUGCUGAAGAUGGUGACAGUUUCGGAGAUAUUGAUUUAUCACUUGUCCGGUCUCUGACAAUCUUUGGGAAGGCAUGUGAAACUGUACUUGACUUCAGUAAGUAUAAACUGCUGCGAGUACUGGAUCUUGAAAAUUGUGAUGAUUUGAAGGAUGGUCAUCUUGAAGGCAUAUGCAAUCUGCUGCUGCUGAAAUAUCUGAGCCUUGGGGGAAGUGUUACCAUACUUCCAGCAGAUAUCGCAAAACUGGAACAUUUGGUGGUACUUGAUGUAAGGAAAACAGAGGUACAUAUGCUGCCUGUGGAAGUCUUUUUGUUGCCCUGUUUAAUGCACAUAUUUGGACAGUUUAGGCUUUCAGGUGACUUCUAUACAAAGACUGUUUUCCUCAGAAAGAAGACAGGGACUGAAGUACAGAAGUUUCUCUCAGAAGGAAAAAGUAACAUCGAAACACUAGCAGGAUUUCUCACAGACGGAAGCGAAGGGUUUCUUCAGCUAAUGGGCCAUAUGAAUAAACUGAGAAAGGUGAAAAUUUGGUGUAAGCCAUCUGCAAGUACAACUGAGUGGAAUGAUCUUACAAAUGCCAUUCAACAGUUCAUUCAUACGAAAAAGGAGGAAAAUAAUGAUACUACACGCUCUUUGUCGCUUCGUUUCGAUGAAUGCUCUGAAAAAUUCCUAGAUGCCAUAGGAGGACACUGCUAUCUCAGCUCUCUGAAAUUGCAUGGCAACAUGACCAAGUUGCCUCUGUUUGUUGUUUCAGUUCAGGGUCUCAGGGAGUUAUGCCUUAAGACUAGGACUAAACUUACAACUGGUCUUCUUGAAACCUUGAGUAAUCUGGGAUACCUGCAGUAUUUAACACUUAUUGCUCAUGGCAUUGAGGAGUUCAUCAUUGAAGUUAAGGCACUGCCCAGGCUUGUACGCCUUUGUUUGGAGCUAAAAUGUCCAACAUUCCCCACAAUCAGACAAGGAGCUUUGGCCUACCUCGUCACACUUCAGCUUCUCUGUAAAGAUCUAAAUGACCUUUCUGGCAUCAAUAUCGAGUGUUUUAAACUUCUUGAGGAGGUCACUCUUCAUCCUGGAGUUAGUAAAGAAACCCAAAAAAAAUGGGAAAAGGUCGCUAAGAAGCACCCAAAUGGGCCAAAAGUCAUGUUGCUCCGAUCAGGUGGUACAGCAGAAAGCUCAAAUGAUCAACCGAAUUCUGCUUUCGAUACAAGUCUUUUAGAGGUUUCUCCUGAUUUGCAUGAGUUGUCGAGCGUCAUAUUAGUGCCUUGA